AGCCCGUCAUGGACUUGGUAAGUUUCGCCUUUCUCACGCUAACACGCAACUUAGUUACAAGAACAAACAUGAAAAUUCACGAAUUUGACGAAUGCUGUUGCGGUUGUUCACUCAGAACCGGAACGAAAAUUAUUGGCUUUAUUUCCAUGCUCAUCGAAAUUGGAGUAUUCGUUCUGGCUGUGAUUAAAAUGAAGUACAAUUUUAAUAUCGAUAAUGAAAUCGAAGAAAUGCUGACAAAUGAUUCCAUCGAUCCCAUAAUUUCUUUGGGAGUCGGCAUGGCAGCGGCCGCUUGUGUUCUGAUUGCCGCCUGGAAGGAUCGCAGGCCGAUGCUUCUCGUUCCUUGGCUCGUGCUCGAAGGAUCGACGUUGCCUGUCAUGAUUGGCAACUCGAUAUAUUUUGGAACCCUGUUAACCAUCAGAAUGGGAACCAGUACUGGAAUGGCUUUUCUGGCCGUCAGUCUCCUUGCUACAGCAAUUUGUUUUUACUUUUGGCUGGUGGUCUUCAAUUACUAUUUUGAAAUGAAGACGAGCAAUGACAUGAUCCCGGACGAGAAAAGCCCACUGAUAGAUUAUGAAUAUGUAGAGAAGAAUGUAAUAAUAGUCUAAGUGCAGUUUUGCAUUAAGUGAUAUUUGUUCAUAGUUAAUAGUUGAAAUUCAAAUGCACAUUUGGUGUUUGCAUUUCGUAAUUUUGUUAAAACUGGUGCAAUGCAGAUGUUUUUUCCCGUUAUCAUUGCAGUGGGUGUACAGUUAUUUCAUUAUCUAAAUUAUAAUCUUAUCCGUGUUACUCAUGUACUAUUAUUGCUCAAAAUGUUGGAUUGAAUGCAAAGCGAAAUAAAAAGUGAAUUUUC